AUGGAGGAGGCAAGCAACAAGUUCGUAGCAAUAAAGGGCAACAUAGAUGGGGGUCCAGAGGAAUCCGAUUUCGAAAUCAAGAGUGAAACAAUUUGGGUGUGGCUAAAGGCAAAUGAAGUAGAGGUGAUCGUCAAGAAUCUGUAUGUAUCCGUGGAUCCGUACCAGCUCAAUCGCAUGAAAUCCCCGAGCUCCUGGCCAUACGCCGGCGAGACGCGUAGUGGAUGGUCUUAUGAAGUAUGCAAGCCGAAGAAGGGAGAUAGCGUGUUUGUGUCAGCGGCUUCGGGCUCUAUGGGAAGUCUGGUCGGGCAGUAUGCGAAGCUAUUUGGCUGCCGUGUCGUCAGCUGUGCCGGCACCCAGCAAAAGGUUGACUUACUUAAGGAAAAGCUUGGUUUUGAUGAUGCUUUCAACUACAAGGAAGAGAACGAUCUCAAAUCCGCUCUAAAAAGAUACUUCCCGGAUGGAAUGGACAUAUAUUUCGACAAUGUGGGCGGGAAGAUGUUGGAGGCGGCGGUGGCGAACAUGAAGCAGUUCGGGCGGGUGGCAGUGUGUGGCGUGAUGUCCGAAUAUACCGGCAACGGUAAGAGGGCGGCUCUGGAUAUGCUGGAUGUGGUAUACAAGAGGAUCACCAUUCAAGGAUUUCUAGCUGCCGAUUACUUGAAAUGCUAUGCCGAUUUCAUGAAGACUACCACCGACCACCUCCGCACCGGAAAAAUGCACUCACUUUGCGACAUCUCGCACGGCGUCGAGAGUGUCCCGGGUGCUUUCGUAGGCUUGUUUUCCGGUGAAAAUAUUGGAAAAAAGAUUGUCCAAAUUGCAGAUCAAUGA